AUGAGUUCCCCACCCCCAAUACCACAGCCCCAGCUAGCCAACUGUCGCACUCUGAUCAGAUCCCCAGACCGCGUUGAUCGCUGGAUGCAAGGCACCGGCGAAUUUAGCAAUCAACCUAUGUCACCAUCCAACAAUGUGCCAAAUAGUCCACCUUCUGGAAAUCAAUAUGGCCUGGACGACGGAGUUAUCUUAAGUAGCCCUUCAGUUGGCUCCCGUCCACAAAACUCACCACAUGAUGUGUUUGCUGCUCCAAUCACCCAAGAAAAUAUGCGAGCUGGUGCAGGUUUCACUGAAAAUAAUCAACACCCAGACCCAGAAAUUUCGAAUGCGCCGCCAAAUCAAGCACUAGCUGGCUUUGACUAUGAAGCAUUUCUUGGUGAACUUCAACAGCGUAACGAGCAUAUUCUCCACAACAUGGGCGAGUACCCACCGAUUCCGAAUUUGGGAGAUAAUGCACACCAAGAUUUCCAUGAUGGAAAUAAUCGUGUAGACGACCCGUACAACAUGACCGCACUUCAAAAUAGUAAGAUGAAUACCUCUCUUACACCACACAAGCUUCCUAAUGAUGAUAUAAUAGGCAACGACUAUUCACGCAACAUGAUGCCUAUGGAUGUUUAUUCCUUCCAACCGCGUUACGACGACUUACAGCCCUUUGGUCAGGGAGCUCAUCGAACGGAUGCGAAUAUGACUACAGGUAUGAUGAAUACCACAAACAACCAUCAACAAAGCAUGGGUAAUCAAGUAAUGGAGAACAUCCCACUUCAGUCAGUCAAUCCUCCACACUACUUUGCAGAUAUUGAAUCAGAUCUCAGAAACUACCAACCCUAUUCCAACUACGACAACGGCAUUCUCCCAAACAAUCCCGGGUACCAGGGGUUUCAAGGCAGCGACUAUAUGCUAUGGAAUUAUGGAAAUAUGGCUCCGACACAACCAGCCGUCCAAAGCUACGGAGACCGCAUGUCAAAUCAUAAUCUUGCUUAUGUGCCUCCUCAACACGUCAUCGCAGAUCGUUUCGAAGAUUCGCCAUACGGUCUUGAAUCUGACGAAGAUUCUCAGGAAACGUCUGAUGACGAUGAUGACGAAGAUGGAUCUGGUCGCUCUCUCGGUGAACCUAUCAACAUGGCGUCAGAUCAAUCGGCCGUCCGAUAUACUCAAAGCCCUACUACAGUAUCUGGUUACAUCAGUGAUCAGAGAGUUCCAGGGCUAGUAGGUACAGGCCUAAAUGCUGCUAAUGCUCCAGACAAUAUAUCAUCAAGCCAGGAUGAAGUCCUCCACGCUCAAGGUUUGAGUGUCCCUAAUGUUCUAGGAGAUAUGCCAUCAAACCAACAUACAGACCACAACGAACAAGACCUAGAUAUCGCUAAUGUUCCAGACAACAUGCAAUCAAACCAGCAUAUAGUCCACAGCGAACAAGGAAACAUGCCAACUUCAGGUGGCGCUCAAAUGGAUACUUUACAAGAUCAAAUCCUAUCUGAUGCUGCUCAACCAUUCAAUACAAUCAACUAUGGGCCUUACUUUCCACAAGAUACCAGUUCGAGACAAGCACUCCAGCUUGAUAGCAACCCGACGCUUAUCUCGAAUUUCGCGGAACCAAGAGUAGCCCUCAACUCCAGAGAAGCCGACACUCGAUCAGCUAGGUACUUCCCACCAAAUCUACCAAGCACAAUGGCAUCCAGCGUCCGUCAAUCACAGAUGGAAACUCCUCGGGCUGUAAAUCCAUUUAGAAAUCCCGCGAGAAAUGAGAAAUCUGAUACUCGAAAGAAUUCUUCGCGGUCUGCGAAUAGAGUAAAUAAGUCUAUUCGUCGCAAACGACCAGCGAAGACGCAGAAAUUACAGUCUGCAAUUGCCAAUAGCGCUUUGCAAUUGUUAGGGGAGUCGACAUCUCAAGCUGUAGAGGCACAAAACGAUCCGGAGAACUCAAAAUCUCAAGCUGUUGAAGCACAGGAUGAAUCAGAGACCAGCUAUGAAUCGGUAGAAUAA